AUGGAUGAAAUCCAUUUAUCAAAAUCAAGUUUACCAAAUCAUGUAUCUAAAACAUCACUUCAUUUUGUAAUGAUCGAUGACAGUGAUAGAGAACUGGAAUCAGACUAUGAAAGAGCAGAUAGAGACUAUAACUUUUCAAUGGAUGAAUGUUCAAGCGCUCACUGUACCGAAGAAAUAUUCGACUAUAGUGAUGAUGAUCAAGAUUGUAGAGAUUUUAUAGAUCUAAGUAGUGAUAGUAUCAAUAUUAAUUUCAUCAAUAAAAUCAACUAUAAUCACAAUCACAAUCACAACCAGAACCAGAACCAGAACCAGAAUAAUCACAUAAAUACUGGCCUGAAUAUUAAAAAUAAUAAUCAAAUCACAACCAUGGUGCCAGCGACAACAACAACACAUAAUAAUGGACAUGGACAAGAUCAACAAAAUGAAACUGAAUUUAUAUCAUUGGAUGAAUUGGAAAGUGACAGUGAAGGUCCUGCUACCAAUCUAUGGAAACCAUCAUCAACAUCAACAAACGUCAACAAGAAAAAAACAACAAAAAGAUUAUCAUUUAAUUCUUUACAUUCCAUCAACAAAAAUAUAAAUAUCAACAUGAAUAAUAAUAUAUUAAUUAGUCCCAUUCAAAAAGUAAAUACUCAAACGCAACAACAACAACAACAACAACACACUAGAGAAAAUAGAGAUAAUUUCAUGUCCAAUAUAUUUGAAUCAUUGUCUGGAAGUAAUUAUCUAAACAAAUUGAUACCAUUUAAGGAUCACCACCAUAUCAAUACCAACAUUGUAGAACAGCAACAACAUCAAUACAACGAUGAACUUGACCAAUCACAACAACAACUCAAUGAACUAGUCCUUGUUCAAGAUCCAUUGUUGGAUCAAACCAACACCAAUUUAUGA